UCGCUUAAAAAGUUUACUCGGGCCGUGUAGCGGGGCGAAGCGAGCCAUGGCCGGCUGCGUCGGGAUGCUGCGCCUCGGGAGGCUGUGCGCCGGCGGCCCGGGCGUGCUGGGGACCCGCGCCGUCCUGGCUCGGGGCUGGCGGGAAGCGAGCUCGCGAGGCGUCCGCCCUCUCAGUUCUGGACAUGUGGACCGCACACCACCCCAGCCCAUCGGAGGCCUCAGCUACGUUCAGGGCCACACCGGAUUGCAUCUCGUCAACAAGACCGUGGGCCAGUGCCUGGAUGACACUGCACAGAGGGUCCCGGAUAGAGAGGCCUUGGUCAGCCUCCAGGAGAACCUCAGGUUUACCUUUGCACAGCUGAAGGAGGAGGUGGACAAAGCUGCUUCUGGGCUCCUGAGCAUCGGCCUCUGCAAGGGCGACCGGCUGGGCAUGUGGGGACCCAAUUCAUAUGCGUGGGUGCUCAUGCAGUUGGCGACCGCCCGAGUGGGCAUCAUUCUGGUGUCUGUGAACCCAGCCUACCAGGCUAUGGAGCUGGAGUUUGUCCUUAAGAAGGUGGGCUGCAAAGCCCUUGUGUUCCCCAAGCAAUUCAAGACCCAGCACUAUUACAACAUCCUGAAGCAAAUCUGUCCAGAGCUGGAGAAGGCCCAACCUGGGGCCUUGAAGAGUCAGAGGCUUCCUGAUCUGACCACAGUCAUCUCCGUGGAUGCCCCCCUGCCAGGGACCUUUCUCCUGGAGGAGGUGAUGGCGGCCGGCAGCACUGAGCAGCAUCUGGCCCGGCUCCGGCACGCCCAGCAGUUCGUGUCCUGCCAUGACCCCAUCAACGUCCAGUUCACCUCGGGGACAACAGGCAGCCCCAAGGGGGCCACCCUCUCCCACUACAACAUCGUCAACAACUCCAACAUGAUAGGGGAGCGCCUGAAAAUGCACCUGAAGAAACCAGAGGAGUCGCGGUUGGUCCUGCCCAGCCCCCUGUUCCACUGCCUGGGUUCCGUGGGGGGCACAAUGGUGAGCAUGCUGCACGGUGCCACCCUCAUCCUGUCCUCUCCAGUCUUUGAUGGCAAGAAGGCACUGGAGGCCGUCAGCAAAGAGAGAGGCACCUUCCUGUACGGCACUCCCACAAUGUUCGUGGACAUUCUGAACCAGCCAGAUUUCUUCAGUUACAACAUCUCGGCCAUGCGUGGAGGUGUGAUUGCUGGGUCCCCUGCACCCCCGGAGCUGAUCCGAGCCAUCAUCAACAAGCUGAACAUGAAGGAGCUGGUGGUUGCUUAUGGAACCACCGAGAACAGCCCUGUGACCUUCAUGAACUUCCCUGAGGACACUGUGGAGCAAAAAGCAGAAAGUGUGGGCAGAAUUAUGCCUCACACCGAGGCCCAGAUCGUGAACAUGGAGUCGGGGAUGGUGGUGGCGCUGAACACCCCUGGGGAGCUGUUGAUCCGGGGAUACUGCGUCAUGCUGGGCUACUGGGGCGAGCCCGGGAAGACCCAGGAAGCAGUUGGGCAGGACAAGUGGUAUCGGACAGGAGACGUGGCCACGAUGGAUGAGCAGGGCUUCUGCAAGAUCGUGGGCCGCUCCAACGACAUGAUCAUCCGGGGUGGUGAGAACAUCUACCCCGCGGAGCUCGAGGACUUCUUCCACACGCACCCGCAGGUGCAGGAAGUGCAGGUGGUGGGAGUGAAGGAUGCCCGGAUGGGGGAGGAAAUCUGUGCCUGCAUCCGGCUUAAGAGCGGGGAGGAGACCACUGCAGAAGAGAUCCGGGCUUUCUGCAAAGGGAAGAUCUCCCACUUCAAGAUCCCCCGAUAUGUCGUGUUUGUCACAAACUAUCCCCUCACCAUCUCGGGAAAGAUCCAGAAAUUCAAACUCCGAGAGCAGAUGGAACGGCAUUUGAACCUGUGAAUAAAGAGGGGGUGAGAGGGUGCCAGGCCUUCCUCCUGUCCCUCCUCACAGUCCCUUUGUCUGUCUUUGUGAUUUAGCAUAAAGGGCUCUUUUCUUUGGCCAGUAUCUUGCUGGUGUACUCUCUUAGCAGUUACCAUGGGAUGGAGAUGGGAAGAGACCAAAGGGAAACUAGUAUUUCCAGAUUUCCUAUUCCUUGUCAAUGACGGUGCUAAGCACGUUGACAUGCAUUAUCUUCCUAAUUUAAUCCUCACCACAUCCCUUUGAGAUAACAAUCCAAUUUCUUUUUAAAUUUGUAUUGUAUCACACAACCAAAAAUUUCACUUUCAAGUAUACAGUUGAGUGGUGUUAAUUACAUUCACAACGUUGUGCUAACAUCACUACCAUCCAUUACCAAAAGUUUUCCAUCAUCCCAAACAGAAACUCUGUACCCAUGAAGCAUUAACUCCCCUUUCCCAACCUCUGCCCCCUGGUACCCUGGGAUCUACUUUCUGUCUCUGUGAAUUUGCAUGUUCUAGUUAUUUCAUGUAAAUGAGACUAUACAAUAUUUGUCCUUUUUGUGUCUGGCUUAUUUCAUUCAUCAUGAAGUCUUCAAGGUCCAUCUGUGUU